ACAAACUGUAUUUUGUUGAUCACAGAUUAUAGUAGCGACCGCAGAAGCGGCCCUAGCGGUGGCCACGCAACUGCAGGUGCUUACGUCACAACCUGACAACCUCUCGUCUGAUGACGUCACUCUGACCAGCAUGUUGAUACAGCAAAUUAUCAACGUGAGUCAAACUGAAGAGAUCGGAGAUUCUAUCCUGACAACUAUAGACAACUUGAUGAAGGUGGAUUCAGCCGUGCUGGAACAGAGUCAACAGGAUAGAGGAGGACCGACUAGAGUUGUCCGGUCGUUAGAGACAUUUUCAGACACAUUGGCACUGACUGGAGAUAGUUACACCUCCCUGCGGCCAGGUGUGGCACUGCAGGCAUCGGACAUCAGCGUAGACGAGCUAGACAAGGGGCAAGGAUUUUCUUUCUAUCCGAGUGGAAACCGUUCUGACGGCUUGGCUGAAGGCAGUGUUUCCGGCUUCACUGUUGACGAUGUGAGAGAACCUCUAGAGACUGCCGACAUCUCCAUAACUCUACCUGCUAACAUAUCAACCAUGGUACAGAUCAACAACACUGCAGAUGUGCGAGUGAGUUAUACCCUGUACAACGACAGCAGCCUGUUCGUUCAGCCUUCCCAGGGUGCAGUGGGAACCCGAAUCGUCGGCAGCAGAAUCGCGGGCUUGCCGAUGAAGAACCUGACCCAGCCGGUCAUCGUGACCUUCACGCCUCUGCAGGAUUUUUCACCUGAUGGUGUUCGGAACGUCCGCUGUGUGUUCUGGGAUUUCGAGGCUGAGGCAGGCCAGGGGGCGUGGUCAAAUGAGGGGUGUGUGGACCAAACAGAAGACAACGGACGGUACACCUGUAGCUUCAACCACCUCACCAACUUUGCCGUCUUCUUUGAUCUGAAAGACGGAUUCGGAGACCACGAAAGAGUAUUGGAGAUCAUCACCACUAUCGGCUGCAUCGUGUCUAUCACUGGUCUGGUUCUGACUCUACUGUCAUUCAUCGUUACUACGUAUGAGGUUCCGAGAAGAAGAUCUAGAGUUGGUUCAGAUAUUCAACAGUCGGACGAUUCCAAAUCUGGACUAGGGGGAACCAAGAUCCAGAAAACAAAGAAAUAUAACCGUCGUAUAGUCGGAGCUCACGCGAAGAAUCAGCGCCUCGUUCUCAUCAACCUAUGCGUGGCCUUGUUAGCUAUCCUCGUCACCUUCCUCGCCGGCAUCAAUCAGACGGCUUCUCCCAUUGGCUGCACCGUCGCGGCGGCGUUCUUACACUUCUUCCUAUUGGCUGCCCUGAUCUGGAUGGCGAUGGAGGCCGUGAACAUCUACCUGGCGACCGUGAUGGUGUUUGAUCAUUACGUCACCAGGAACUUUAUAUACAAGGCUGCUGCAGUAGCAUGGGGCUUCCCUUUUCUCCUUGCCCUAUCAACUGCUGGUCCUUCAAAUCUCUACGAAUACAGGAGCAACAAAUACUGCUGGUUAGCAAGAAUUCCACUACAGUACGCGUUUCUGCUGCCAGCGGGUCUCAUCCUGCUGUUCAACGUGGUGGUGUUCUCCAUCGUCAUGUACAAACUGCUGAAGAGGGAGAAGAAACAGAAAAAGUUAACAGGUGCUAAGAAAAACGAGGCAGACCACCAGUGGGUGCUCCGACAUUUACGGCGUGCCUUUAGCAUCAUGGUCCUGUUCGGUCUCACCUGGCUCUUCGGUUUCUUCUUCGUCAUCGACGACAACACCGCCCGGACAGUCUUCGCCUACCUCUUCUGCAUCUUUAACACUCUACAAGGUCUCUUCAUCUUCCUCUUCCAUUGCGUCAUGCGAGAAGACGUUCAGAAGUGGAGAAAGGAGUUCCUUUGUAAAGGAAAGAAGAAGAAUCAUUAUGUUGUCAAUAGGAGUACGUUUUCAUCGUCUGCCACGCGAACGCCUCAGGGAAUUAGUUUGAAACCUUCUCCGUCUGUUAGCAAAGCGUAGUCGCUGUGAAAACUAGUCACUAAUAUCUUGUACUUAGUCUAGUCUUCGUAAUAUCGUGGAGGUGUAGGAAUUAUUAGUUUCACCACGAACGGUGGAAUGCAAUGGACAUACGUUUCAAGCUCAAUUCCCCCAGGGAAUUAGUUUAAAAACUUCUCCGUCUUUUAGCAAAGCGUAGAAACUUGUCGCUGAUAUCUAGUAGUGUUUAAAGAUACCGUAGAGGUGUGGGGAUUUUUAGUUGCACCAAGGACAUGCUGGAUAUGUAUAAAAACCUGGAUGUAAAUGUAUGAUGAUGUAGACGUUAGAUGUUGUUUAUUUUCAAAUGCUUUUUACACUGAAGUUUUGAUUAUUAAUAUAGAUAAGUUUAAUAUCCACGCAAAUAAUGCUGACGAAAGCAGAUACGUUGCUAUUGAGCUUUUAAACAUGACAGUACUUACUUACAUUACAGUACAUUAUCUACAGACAUGUAAGAAUAGAUCUGUUUGCUCAUUACAGACAUCACGGCUUAAAAUUGUACAGUUUUUUUCAUCAUGGAAUUUUGGAACUAGUUUUUGUGUUAUGUUUUAAGUUUUGUUACCGUUUCCAAUUUUUAAAUCUGUAGUAUGAGUUAUUGAGCUAGGAGAGUAGUAAGAAAAGCAGAGAUGUAUCUAGUAGAUCAGCUAUUUCAUACGUUAUGUUCAGGCCUCAUUGACUAGAUUCUAUGAGAUGACGAAGAUUGUAGAAUACAGCUAAUAAUUGAACACGCAGAACACU